CAGUUGUUGAUUCACAUGCAAAUGAAGCUUGCUCCCUCCCUGGCUUAGCAUUGCUGCCUUGCUGAGGAGCUGGAGCACACUGCGCUGCUCUCCUCCAGCUGAGCCUUCCCUCUCUCGCCGUCUCUGAACCCAGAGAAAUCCACAGGCAGAUGAGAAAUACUUUGCCAGUGUUGUUGACCAGACUGAAAUAGGGCGCCGGGAGUGGGUGACAACCCUGUGGUGUUCCGCUCCCAGAGUUUUGGCGAAGGAGGAGGCGGACGAGGCAGAGCGUCUGUCGUGGUCUCUCCCCUGAGUGGCUGAGGGGUGGCUCUUGGUGACAGGAAACGCAGGGCUUGCGAUGAGACCUGAGCGCUGAGUGGAGUAUGCUGCAGACGAUUUACGAGGGCGAGUCAAGUUUCUCCACAACAGAAGGGCGUGUUGGACCCCCGAAGAUCACCAACCAGCAUAAGAUGCACAACGUUAACAACUCAGUAGACAUCAAGCAAGACGCGCCGCUGACUGUGGAUCCUUUAUCUCCGCUGGACCUGCGCACGGAUCUCAGGAUGCUGGGACCGGGAUCUGACCCAGGACUGUGGGAGAGGCAGCUGCAGCAGGAGCUUCUGCUCAUUCAGAAGCAGCAGCAGAUUCAGAAGCAGCUGCUGAUCACCGAGUUCCAGAAGCAGCACGAGAAGCUGACCCGUCAGCAUCAGGCUCAGCUCCAGGAGCACCUGAAGCUCCAGCAGGAGCUUCAGGCGAUGAAGCAGCAGCAGGAACUUGCGGAGAAGGAGCGUCGGCUGGAGCAGCAGCAGCAACAGAACCAGCAGGAGAAGGAGCAGGAGAGGCAUCGGAGAGAGCAGCAUAUUUCCAGCCUGAGCCUGAGGAGCAAAGAGCGCUCCAGAGAGAGCCUCACAGGAGCGGUGGCAAGCAACGAGGUGAAGCAGAAACUCCAAGAGUUUCUGUUGAGCAAGUCAGCGAAGGACCCUGUCAGCAACGGCGUCUCUCACUCAUUCAUCCACCACCAAAAACUCUGGUACACAUCCUCCCACCACACGUCUCUGGACCAAAGCUCUCCACCUCUGGGCGGCACAUCCCCCACAUGCCACUACACUCUCCCGUCACCCAUCGAGAGCAAGGACGACUUCCCCUUGAGGAAGACAGCCUCCGAGCCUAACCUGAAGGUCAGAUCCAGGCUGAAGCAGAAGGUCGCAGAGAGGAGGAGCAGCCCGAUGCUGAAGAGAAGAGACAGCAACAUUAUGACGCCUUACAAGAAGAGGGCGCUGGAGCUAAUGGACUCCACACCCACAAACAGUGCCCCUGGCUCCGGCCCCAGUUCUCCCAUUGGGGCCUCAAGUGCCUUGGGGGCUGAAAACGGACCCUCCUCUCUGCCUACGACCACAAAAACAGAGAGAUGGCCGUCGCAGCCCAGAUUGUUCCGACCCGAGAGCUCCAUGUCCGUGCUGAGCCUGUACACGUCGCCCUCCUUACCAAACAUCACCCUCGGGCUUUCCACCGCAUCGUCUCCUCUCAGUGCGGCGAUGGGUUUGAAAGACAGGUCGUCCGAAAUCAAGCACGGCCUGCCCACUCAGCUCCUUGGACCCGUGCCGCUACACUCAGGCCUGGAGUCCAAGGUGAGCCCCAGUCACCAGGCCCUGCUCCACCACCUGCUGCAGAAGGAGCAGAUGCGGCAGCAGAAGAUGCUCUCCACUGGCCAAGGAUGUUUGUCGCCCCACCCUCAGUCUCCUCUGGCCAUGAAGGACCGAGCAUCUAACAGUCGCCCCAAACUACCAAAACACCGGCCCCUGAACCGGACCCAGUCAGCACCACUGCCUCAGAACACACUGGCCCAACUGGUCAUCCAGCAGCAGCACCAGCACUUUUUGGAGAAGCAGAAGCAGUACCAGCAGCAGAUCCAGAUAAAUAAGCUGCUGUCCAAGUCCAUCGAGCAGUUACGUCAGCCCAGCGCACACCUGCAGGAGUCGGAGGAGGAGCAGGAGGAGCAGCAGCGGGAGGAGACGGAGAGCAUGCAGGCGGAGCGGCCGCCUCCUGCAGGCGUCAUCCGGAAGCACACGUUCAGCAGCAGCAGCAGCGGCUCGAGCAGCGAGGCCGCCGACUCCCAGUACGGGGUCGUCAAGGUCAAGGAGGAGCCACUGGACAGCGAGGACGAGGCCAACCCAAGCCUGGAGUCCCCGCAGAACACCUACCUGCACCAGGUCAAAGGGAGACUGGUGAUCAGGGCCAUGAUCUGAGGAGGGGUCUCACUCACACACACACACACACACACACACACACACACACAGCCGGCCAGUUCUCCUGUCGCGACACUGACCCUCUGUGAUCUCUGUACAGUACGUUUCUGUGUACAUAAAUAUGAAGAUAAUUUAGGCAGCUCUUCUGAAGAGCCAUAAUGAGUCUGCACAAGAUUUACAAAUACUGUGGAUUUUGCAUCAAAGAUGAUACAGGUGUACAGUCGGGGGGUGGGAGGGCGACGGGGGGUCGAUGUCGACACGCCACCUUCACACGCUUUAAAAACGAGAGGAAACUGUGUAUUCUUGAAGCUCUGUGACGAUGUUUGGCGUGUGAACCUGAACAUCUGCUGUCAAGAGAAUGUAAACUUUAAUCCAAACAGAGGACCCCCCUCAGGGGAAAAUAGUCUCCGCCCACCUAUUGUAAUCUGAAUGCUAAAGCAGGAAUCUCCCGACGCGUCUCCUGGUUUCUCUCUGGCGGAGCUGCGUGUCAGCCAACGCUCUCCUCCCUCUGGGUUCCUGCCCAGCUUUCAGCAGACGCGGGGCGAGAGAGAGUGGGAGAGGGAGAGAGAGAGAGGGUCGGGCAGGAAAUGCCUUCUAGAAGCCAGGAGCUGGAGUGAUUCAUGUGCACUGGAAUGUCGAGAGGAGGACUUGGAGUCGGAGGGGCCAGGCUUGAGAAUUGAUUCACUGUCAGGGUGAAUUACUGUGGGGAGUCCUGUGAUUGGGGAAUGGCUUCCUUCGUAUCCCCUCGUGGCACCACACGUACCUCAACAUGCAGGUUUGAUGUAACUUCCCACGACGGGACCUGGGCUUUCUUACUGUCCUCUCCGCCUGUUCUCCCCUGAAAGUGCCCAUCGCGACAUGUAUAGUCUUGUCUUCAAGUGGUCCUGUGCUGGGUAGCCGUGAUCCAUCCCGUUCCGUUGGUCGCCGUAACAACUAAACUGCUCGUGAGAUUCUGUGAUUCAUGUGGAGAACCGUCCGUCUUAAACUGUGCAUCCGGAUUGUUAGGCUUCAAUGUUUUAGGAAACACAAUCAGAACAUUGUGAGUGUUCUUCUCUUUGAUUGGCUCGUGAGGAGACCCCCCCACUGCAGCUGGGGGAGGGCUGCGUUGUGGGGGUCCUGUGGUCUGUUCAGAACCCUCUUUCUUUUCUUGCCUUGUGUGAUCAGAGCAUUUUUUAAAUAAAAUAAUUUACCUACUUGC